AUGGAUCACGCUGACGAAUACUCAUUUGUUGGCGCAGUCAGCGUAUGGGGCGUCCUUUUACUUACAUUUGCUGCGACACUCGUGUUUGUGCCAAAAGAUGGUACUCUCCUUCGUGUUGGAGCGACUAUAGCGCUGGCCUGCCUCCAAUGCGCCUUCUACACAGCGGUCGUGGAUACGUCUAUUACUCCCGCCCAGAAAUCUGAUAUCUGUCUCCUUAGUUGGGGUUUCUUUAUGAACAGCACGGAGCAAAUCCUCAUUUCGCAAAUUCAUACCGCAGAUCUACUCACAAAGAGAGAAAAGGAUGGCCAUGACUAUGUCGGCACUACAAUGCUUCUUUUUCGGGGCACACGCAUGUAUUUCAACCUGCGGCGCGUUGGGGUACGAGGCGAGAUCUCAAUGAAGCGCCGAAAGACAAUAACACGAGCUCGUCUCCUGUGUGCCAAAGGAGCAGAGGUUCUCGCGAUGUAUUUGAUUAUGGAUGCGGCAAUGAGUGCACCGCCUCCAGAGAAUCAUCUGAUCACGAGAGAGAAACAGACGCUUUCCAAGUUAUCGACCCCAUCACUAGAGGACCUAGGGUUUCGAUUAUUCGGCACACUCGGGUACUGGCUGGUAACAUACGUCUGCAAUCGACUUAAUCAUGCUUGCGCAGCUGUCGUAUCUCUAUCAAUUGGCUUAAGCCAGCCAGAAGACUGGCCGCAUCUCAAUGGGUCAAUAAGCGCCUGUUACACUGUUCGUGGUUUCUGGGGAAAGUUUUGGCAUCAGCUCUAUCGCAAGACAUUCACUGGUUUGGGAGAUUUUGUUCCGGAUAGACUCCUUUGCCUCCGUCGUGGUACUCUGCUCUCGCGGUACACACGGCUUUUCCUUACUUUCUUAGCGUCUGGUCUGAUGCAUCACUGCAUAGGUCAUUUGUAUUCAUUUGCUGCCGAUGAGAGGUUUGCCAGUGAAUGGUUCUAUGUUCUACAGGCCGUGGGGAUUGCGUUCGAAGAUGCCGUGCAGGCCAUGACUGCUCAUAUUCAUAUUCCGAUAUCAAUACGUCGGGUAGUAGGGUAUCUAUGGGUUCUGAUGUUUUUAUCGUGGUCGACACCAAUAUGUUCAUAUCCUUCUAUGCGCGUAGGAGAUAUUGGGCAAAUGGUUCCUUUCAGUGUGGUAGACCACUUUGUAAAGUCAUAG